CCUAUUCAGAACAGUGAGGCAUUGGGACCCAGUCUUUCUGCCAGACUUUUAUCUCCAAAGUUGAAGAUUUCACCAGUGCCAGGUGCUCAGUUCCCACACUGCUGGGAGAAUCACACCUGACCAAGAAACCACUGACGUGUCACCUUUCCAGGCAGAGUCCAAAGCAGAGCCCCAGGCAAGGAGAGGAGACGUCAGGACAAUGGCCAUUUCUGCCUUGUGGUAUCUCUAUUUUUCCCUCCUCACUUGGGGCUGCCCAUCAGGGUGUGCCGAGGAGAGCCCUGCGCCCCACGGUAAGAAAAUGACUCUGCGGUCAGGCCAGAAAAUGAAUGGGGUGGGUGAGAGAAAUCCAAGGCUCUCUAAGGGUGAGAGAGCCACUGGGGUCAGCUUGUACAGUGGAUGAAGGGGUGUGAGCUGUGAGUCUCCUCACAGAAGUCUGUCAGUAUCCUGAGGGGGAAGAGAUCUGCCGAGAUCAGCAUGCACAGAGGCAGGAAGGUGGGGUGUGCGUGUGGUAGUGGUGGUGCUGGGGUUCUUAGCUCUGGGCUGCUCUCCAUGCCUGAUUUGAUUCUGACAUUUCCUCUUCAUGCUCUCUCCAGACGUCACUGGAGACGCAAAGAAACCUGUACUUUUGAGAGAUAUUGCAGCCACAACAGCCUUCAUCAGUGCUGCUGAGGUGGCCGUCAUUGGAUUCUUCCAGGAAUUAGAGAGGCCAGAAGUUUCGAACUUCCACAUUGUUGUAGGAAAAAUCCAGGAGGUGCCGUUUGGACUCAGUACCAACCCUGAGGUCCUGUCUCAUUAUAACAUCACGAGCAAUACCAUCUCCAUCUUUCGUGUGGUGGACGACAAACGUCAAGAUUUGGAACUCACUGAUGGCAAAAAAACUGAUGCCGCCAAGAUGAGCCGUUUCAUUCAGAUCAAUGAGCUGCGAAUGGUGACAGAGUACAACCCUGUGACGGCAAUAGGUCUGUUCAACAGUACAGUCCAGACUCACCUCCUCCUCUUCACAGACAAGACCUCCCAGGAGCAUACGGAGCGAGUGCGCAGGUACCGGGAGGCAGCGGAACUCUUCCGAGGAAAGAUUCUUUUUGUCCUGGUGGACAGCAAUGUGAAGGGCAAUGAGCGUGUGAUGUCAUUCUUCAACCUAAAGAAGUCCCAGUUGCCAGCUCUGGCUAUAUUCCACACGCCAGAUGAGCAGCAGGAUGUGCUGCCCCUGGGUGAGGUCACAGUGGAGCAUGUGCAAGACUUCUGCAGUGGCUUCUUAAAGAGAAAGCAAAGGAAAGAAGAUCCCAGCCCAGAGGAGAAGACGGAGCUCUGACUCCCAUCUCAACCACCGGAUAAAACACUGUGCCUCUUUGCAAUGCUACCUGCACUCCGUAUAAGAAGAGUUCACUGUGCCCAGCAUCUCUGGAGGCCCUGAGACAAUAGGAAUAUGAGGCCAAGUAAACCAUGAUCAACCCUUCUCCGUUCCACAGACACAUACAUAUAUGCUCUAUCUCUCUCUCCUUCUCACUUGCCAGUUCCACCCCCUCUCAUCUUAAUGCUCCAGGAGCCAUGGCACUGGACUGCCUUGAUCCUUCUGGGCUUCCACUGCCUGUUGCCAUAUAUGAGAGCAAGAGGCAAUAUGAUGAAACUGCAGGUCAAAAACAUGCCUUGCAGAAAGUUUAUGCAGAGAUUGGCAGGUCUGUUUCCUUGAUGACUCUGUCUCUGUUCCCUUAAUACAUGGUCCCCCCCCCCAAAUCUGGCACUGGUACUGUGUUGGGAUUUCCUUACACAUCCCUCUGCGUCUAGGAGCUUAUUUGUUGCCUGAGGUCACAUGACCUAUAACAUUACAUUUUGCUAAAUAAAGCAGAAAGUGAAUUUCCUG